AUGACUAUACUACCACUAUUCGACUCAAAAGAGACCACGUCUUCCUACGUGCCCAACUACUCACAGCAGCCAACCAAGAGACAAAAAGCAAACGUCAAUAUGGCCUUGGACGGAUACAUGUUCAACGAAGAAAUGAGAUUUGUCCGUAAAAUUGGCGCUGGUACUUAUGGUCUCAUAUAUUUAGUUGAAAACAUAUACACUAAGAAACAAUUUGCAGCCAAGAUGGUGUUGAAGCAACAACCAAUGAACUUUGGCGCCCAGUCGCCAUCAUCACCAUCAUCAUCAUCCAACAAACAACUCAUCCAACAACAGUUUUACCAAUAUUUCCUCAAUCAUGUUAUUCCCAGACCAAAAAGUAUUGACUUUGAUUACAUUAAAGGUCAAGGACAUGACUGCCAAUUUUUGACUGAAAUCGCAUUGCAUUUAAAAGUACACGAUCAUCCUAAUGUGGUAACUAUACAUGAAGUUUAUGAAUUGGAAAAUUUUGCCAUUGUUAUACUCUUAGAUUACUUUGACCAAGGUGACUUGUUUGGUAACAUAAUUGAUGCACAAAUCUUCCAACACAAACGCUGUGACAGAGAAAAGCAAUUACUUAUGAAAAAUGCCAUGCUACAGUUGAUUGAUGCCGUCGAAUAUUGCCAGCAAAACUCGGUAUACCACUGUGAUUUGAAACCAGAAAAUAUCAUGGUCAAGUAUAACAAAGGCUACAAAAGACCACACUCGCAGCAUUACUCAAACAUCAUUGACUACAAUGAGUUGCAUCUUGUAUUGAUCGACUUCGGAUUAGCCAUGGAAUCGGAUACUGUUUGUUGCAAUGCAUGCAGAGGCUCGUCGUUCUAUAUGGCACCAGAAAGAACCACCAAUUUUAAUACUAGUAAAUUAAUCAGGAGUCUUGUUGACAUGUCACAAUUCCAAACAGUUCAACCAGCAUCAUCGUCAGUUUCAUCAAACACAUCUGCUUCAGCAUUAUCAUCAAGCACAACCAUUAAUGAAUCAAAUUCCAAAUACUUGCCAACCUUAGCUGGUGAUAUAUGGUCAUUGGGAGUUUUAUUCAUCAACAUUACCUGUUCAAGAAACCCAUGGCCAAUUGCAUCAUUCAAUGACGCCAAUAGUGAAGUGUUUAUCAAUUACAUGUUGCAUAACAAAAAGGAUAUCUUGUCAUCGAUCUUGCCAAUUUCAGCUCAGUUUAAUCGUUUAUUAGAUUCAAUCUUCCAAUUGAACCCUAAUGAUAGGAUAGACUUGCACACAUUGUACAAGGAGAUCAUUAGAUGCAACUUUUUCAAGAAUGAUCAUCAUCACGUUAAAAAGACGCAAGUAGAACGCAGUGCAAACCAACAAUUGUACACUCCUCCAGACACAACAGCUUACAACUCGUAUGCUAGCGAUAUGGAAGAGGAUGAGUUUGAUGAAGAGGAAGAAGAGGAUGAAGAUGAAGACUAUUACACCGAUGCUGAAGAGUUUGAUGAGGUUGAAGAGUCGAUAAAUGUCCAGAAUGGCAACAACAAUGUCUUGUUGCAUCAGUUGACUCCAGAGUCUGAACCUGAAGACUUGCCUGUAAAACAACAACAACAACAACAACAAGCUUAUUUACAACAAAAUCAUCAAGCCCUUCGCAAGUGUCCUCUUCAAGAUGCUUUUUUACGUGAUGCAAAAUCCUACGCGAAGAAGUUGUGCACUACUGCUAGAGCGUUGCCCCAAUUUGCAAUCGGCACGCAGGGCAAUGGCAAUGCAAUCUACUAA